AUGGUGAAGCUACGCUCUCAGAGUCAGAGAGACACCGGGGAAAUGGUGCCGCCGGACGUAGCCGCCUUCGAGUUCUACAGGUUCUUGUCCUACGGAAUCUCCUGGGAGAAACUGGUUCUUCCUGACAAGUUCGCGAGCGAGCUCAGCGGCCGUGAGCUCCGGGAGAUGAAGCUGCGGGUGGCCGGCGGCGGAGGGCGGCGCGCGUGGGACGUGGAGGUCAACGACAACGAGUACGGCGACAUGUACCUCGGUCGCGGCUGGCGGGAGUUCGCAGGCGCCAACGGCCUGGAGCUCGGGCAGCUUCUCGUCUUCCGCUACGACGGCGCCGCGCUGCUCUCCGUCACGGUCUUCGAGGAAUCUGAGUGCCGGAGACCCUACCAGCAGCAGGAGGAGGAGGAGGAGGAGCAGGAGUUAACAGCGUCUGUGGUCGAACUAAAAGAAGGGAAUUCUCCGCCGGCGACGCCGGCGCGGGCGCCGACAGGCAGUGGAAGCAGCCGCAGAGGCACGGCGGAGGCGGGCACCGACCCGGAGUCGUCGCAGUUCAGCGUGAUGCUAAGAAAGUGCCACCUUGGCCAGUAUCGGCAGCAGUACCUGAAUGUGCAUGCGUAUUUCCAUGAGGCCCACGGGUACGUGCAGCGGAGCAAGGUGGUGCUGCAGAUGCGCGGGGAGUCGUGGACCGUAACCCUCAAGCACAGCCGCGGGGGGAAACGCACGGAGUUCAGGUACGGGUGGCACCAGUUUUGCCUCGACAACGGUCUCGGCCUCGGCGACACCUGCUUCUUCCAUGCUCUCCCGGAGGGCUGCGGCCGCCGCGGUGAGGACCACGCCGUGCUCAGGGUUGAGGUGCGCAAGCAUGAAGGCACCAUUCUCCCGUGA